CCACACCCACACCCACACCCACGAACACAACUCUGAUGGCUACAGCGAUGGCAGUCGACGAAAGUAGCUUCGAAGAAGACCAGCUCGCUUCGAUGUCCACCGACGACGUCGUUAGGGCUUCUAGGCUCCUCGACAACGAAAUCCGAAUCCUCAAGGAAGAGUUGCAAAGAACGAACCUUGAACUGGAGUCGUUCAAGGAAAAGAUAAAGGAGAAUCAGGAGAAGAUCAAGCUCAACAAGCAACUUCCAUACUUGGUUGGGAACAUUGUUGAGAUUUUAGAGAUGAACCCAGAGGAUGAGGCUGAGGAAGAUGGGGCAAACAUUGAUCUUGACUCUCAAAGGAAGGGUAAAUGCGUUGUGUUGAAGACAUCUACACGCCAGACUAUAUUCCUGCCUGUGGUUGGACUUGUUGAUCCUGAUAAGCUAAAGCCUGGGGAUUUGGUUGGGGUGAACAAAGAUAGUUACUUGAUCUUGGAUACCCUUCCUUCUGAGUAUGAUUCUCGAGUUAAGGCCAUGGAGGUUGAUGAAAAACCAACUGAAGACUACAAUGACAUUGGAGGGCUUGAGAAACAGAUCCAAGAACUAGUUGAGGCUAUUGUUUUGCCCAUGACACACAAAGAACGGUUUCAGAAAUUAGGAAUUCGCCCACCCAAAGGAGUGCUUUUGUAUGGACCUCCUGGAACUGGGAAAACUCUAAUGGCUCGUGCAUGUGCAGCCCAAACUAAUGCUACUUUCUUGAAGCUAGCAGGCCCCCAGCUCGUUCAGAUGUUUAUUGGUGAUGGAGCAAAGCUUGUCCGUGAUGCUUUUCAACUUGCAAAAGAGAAAUCUCCUUGCAUCAUCUUCAUAGAUGAAAUUGAUGCCAUUGGCACAAAGCGUUUUGACAGUGAAGUUAGUGGGGAUAGGGAAGUUCAACGAACAAUGUUAGAGUUGCUUAAUCAGCUUGAUGGUUUUAGCAGCGAUGACAGCAUAAAGGUGAUAGCAGCGACCAAUAGAGCUGAUAUUUUAGAUCCUGCGCUGAUGCGUUCUGGUCGAUUGGAUCGUAAAAUUGAAUUUCCACAUCCCACUGAAGAAGCCAGAGCAAGAAUCUUGCAGAUCCACUCCAGAAAGAUGAAUGUUCACCCAGAUGUCAACUUUGAAGAGCUAGCACGGUCAACUGAUGAUUUUAACGGGGCACAACUGAAAGCUGUUUGUGUAGAGGCGGGCAUGCUAGCUCUUCGACGCGAUGCCACCGAGGUGAACCAUGAAGACUUCAAUGAAGGUAUCAUCCAAGUUCAGGCUAAGAAGAAAGCAAGCCUAAAUUACUAUGCAUAGAUUGGCUUAUUGAGAAAAUCAUCAACCACCAUGCUAGUGCAUGAAGCCACUGGUUUACUUUGAUUUUCAAUUAUGAUGCGCGAAAACUUCUCAAGUGAAAGAUUUGCCUUCUGUGUGGUUUUGUAUUUAUGUUUAUUAUAGAAGCAGUGCAACUCUGUUUAGAAUUAUGGUAUUAUUGUUCUUCCCUUGUUACCAAGAAAGUAAACUUUUUAAUUUUUUUC